AUGGCGCGCAGCCCCACUAAGACACACCAGUCGCGUCCCAAACCUGCCCCAUACAAGCGAAAACCAAAGACACCUCGCCAGAAAGAUGCUCCUGCAACAUCUGCAAAGCUUCCUGACACUAGCAGACGCAAGAAUCUUACCUCGAAUGACUGGCUGAUGGUGUUCGUCUUGAGCUACAAGGAUAUUCCAUUCGUGACCGUCUGGGUUGAAUACUCAGACAUCUCCAUCGCUAUGAAAUCCAUCGGCGCAACGCCUAGCAAACGCCGAGAUGGCUCGGACGUCUAUACUGUCCCUGUCCUCAGUGACCCAAACACUGGCUCCCUUAUCAGCGACUCCCUUGAGAUUGCCUCCUACCUCGAGAAGACAUACCCCGAAAAGCCCAUCUUCCCAAAUAACUCAGAACCUCUGAUUCGCGCUUUCGACUCGACCUAUAUGGGCUUGAUUCGCCCUGCGAUGAAGUUCUUCAUCGCACGCUGCGCGGAAAUAUUAAGCCCAGCUAGUGCCGAAUUCUUCAUUCGAGUUCGUUCGGCGGACUUCCCGCCUGAGAUGCCUCGGGAUGAAUUAUCUCCCGAGGGCCCGGAGCGUGAUGCGGGCUGGGAGCUGCUAGAGAAGGAGUACAAUGCUUUGUACGAAUGGUACCAGAAAAGUGACGGAAAGUGGAUCAUGGGCGAGACUUUCUCAUAUGCAGACAUCAUUGUCGCUUGUUUCUUGCUGGCGCGGAAACGAAUACUGAAGGAUGAUGGGUGGGCUAGGAUAAGUUCUUGGAAUGGGGGGAAAUGGGCCCAAGUCCUUGCGGAUGUUGAGAAGGAGUGUAAAUUGGCUUAG